AUGGAAUACAACGAUUCCAAAAUAAAAAGCAACAAAAAGUACCUCAAAAAAGAAGUCGAGGAAAUUGAAAAUGAAACAAAAUUCACUGAUAUCAUGGCAAAAGCAAAUGAAGUGAUAUUCAUGCUAGAAGCAAGAGCCACAGAAGCAGCAAGUCAAGCUAAUAAAUUUGCAAGGAAGUUGGGAAUAAAAUUACACAGAAACCAACGAAUAGUAACGCAUCUUGAAGAUGCAAAUAAUCGAUCGCCACAAACGGGAAGUGCCAGAACAGCAACAGAUCAAAGUAAUAACGAAACUUUCGGCCCAGAUGACGCAAUAUGGCUGUCAGAGGAUCAUUCUGAUGCGAUCGAAAAAGAGUUCAUAUGUAGAACUCUCAAACCAAGUCAAAUCAAACUUCCUAGGUUUUGGGGAGAUGAAGAAUUUCUAGAGUUCUGGGCAGUCUAUGAAACUUUGGUUCACCAAAAUAAAGUACUGAGUACAGUUGAGAAAAUGCUUCUUCUCAAAGAUAGUCUUCGAGGAAGAGCGGAAAUGACCAUCAAAGGGAUAACAAUUAAUUCCCCAGAAUUAUAA